CUUCAGGUGCUCAGCAAGAUGUUCCCCCACACCCCAGGCUCCCUCUCCAUUCUCCUUCUAUUCCUCCUCCCCAGUGUCCCAUCAGAGCCCCUUGGCCCACCCGCACCACUGCCCCCAUUUCUGGCCCCUGAAUGGGACCUCCUAUCCCCCCGAGUAGCCCUAUCCCGGGGUGCCCCUGCAGGACCCCCUCUACUCUUUCUGUUGGAGGCUGGGACCUUUGGGGAGCCCUUGGGCACGCCAGCCAACCGCAGCCGUCGCGGGGUGAGCGAGACAGCACCAGCUAGUCGCCGGGGCGAGCUGGCUGUGUGCGAUGCAGUCAGUGGCUGGGUGACAGACCGACGGACAGCUGUGGACCUGCGUGGGCGUGAGGUGGAGGUGCUGGGUGAGGUACCUGCAGCCGGUGGUGGCCCCUUGCGCCAGUACUUCUUCGAGACCCGAUGCAAGGCCGACAGUGCUGGGGAAAGUGGCCCCGGUGGAGGCAGUGGGGGCUGUCGGGGUGUGGACCGGCGACACUGGGUGUCAGAGUGCAAGGCUAAACAGUCCUAUGUGCGGGCCUUGACUGCUGAUGCCCAGGGCCGAGUGGGCUGGCGAUGGAUUCGAAUCGACACCGCCUGCGUCUGCACACUCCUCAGCCGCACUGGCAGGGCCUGA